AUGUUAAACAAGACACAAAUCAAUUAUGAUUCAGCCACUUUCCAUACAAUUUGCCAGAGGAAGCAUUUACUAAAGGAUAUCACUUACUUUUUGUAUAUCAUUGAUGACACAAUGAUUCUUACUAAUGAACUUGAGUCAUAAUAGCCUAAAUACUAAUUGCAAUUGAAUUUAGAAACUAAGAUUUUCUGGAGCAUUGAAAAGGACAGACAACUAUCUUAAUUUGGGUUUGAAUACAAGGGGUCAGUCAAAUAUUUCGUGGCUAAAGAUGAGGAACUUCGGAAAUUGAAAUCUCAUCUCAGAAAUAGAGUCAUGUUUAAGGAUGUGAGUGAUUUCUAUUAACCAAUGAAAUUAUUAGGGAAGGGUGGAUCCUCUAAAGUGUACCUCGUGUUAGACAAGGACAACAAGCAAGAUUUCGCAUCAAAAUGUGUUGAAAAACGAUAUUUGAAAGAAGAUGGAGGAUUUCAAGCCUUGUUCAAUGAGAUAAAUUUGAUGGCCACAUUGGAUCACGACUCAGUUGUUAAAUUGGAGGAAGUCUAUGAAGGAGAAAAUACGUUUUAUCUUAUUCUAGAACAUCUCAAAGGUAAUUCAUUGCACGACCUCAUAAGUAAAGGUUAAAUAACACAACUAAGUUGGGACUAAAUCAAAUCAAUCCUCUGGUAAAUAUUGACUGGAGUUGCAAGAAUGCAUUAAUUGGACAUAAUGCAUCGAGAUUUGAAACCUGAAAAUAUCAUGUUUAAAGAAGCCAAUCAAAUUGCAGGAUUAAGAAUUGUAGAUUUUGGAUUGGCAACAUCCACUCAGGUAACAACCUACCCAUUUCCUAAAUGUGGAACUCCUGGAUAUGUUGCACCUGAAAUAGCAAAUCUUAACGACAUGAAUUUUAGAUAUGAUAAGAUUUGUGAUAUAUUUAGUGUUGGAUGCAUUUUCUACAAAUUAAUCACUUAAAAGGAUUUGUUUCCAGGAAAUGAUUAUCAUGAAAUCUUGAAGUUGAACAAGAAAUGCAUUAUCAAUUUAGAUAAUCUUAGCAUUUACAGAACACCUUAAGCAGCCAUGGAACUAAUUUAAUCGAUGUUAUAAAUUGAUCCAAAAUAGAGAAUUACUGCCUAAUAGGCUUUAGAACAUCCAUUCUUUUAGGGAGGUUUUACUGAUAGAAAAUUGAAGUUCUAAUCAUAGAAAAAAGGUUAAGGACAAAGCAAGUUAUGGUAAACUUCAACAUUUCGAAUGGAAAAAUCAGAUAAAUUAUAAUUACCAGAAAUCAAAUAGAAAUCGAGAUAAAGAGACGAAGAUGAAGUGGAAGACGAAAAGAUUAAAAUUAAAGUUCCUGUGAUGAAUAGUCCAAGAUUAGCCUAACAUGCUAAACGUAAAAAUUUAGCAUUAGCUGAUGGUUCACCAACUGAAAAUCCAAAGAAGAGUGCAUUUAAGAAAUUUUCUACUUAAGAAUUCGAUCAACAAUCACCUGACACUUGUUCACCAGAUUCUGCAAGAUAACAUCCAACAUUAAUAAUCAACAAUAGUCCCAAACUUGUAUAGAACUAAACAUUAAAAAGAAAGUUUACUUAUAAAAACUAUACUUAACAUUAAGCAAUUUAUGAAGUAGAGGAUGAGUAAAAAAAUUAAUGA